GCGGACAGGGUGCCUUAUCUCCCAGCUAUGAAGGGAGCCUCCACACUUUGCAAAACAAAAUGGAAGACAGGUUGGACGAAGCCAUCCACGUGCUGAGGAAUCACGCCGUGGGCCAGACAGCCGCCAUGCCGAGCAACCACGGGGACAUGCACGGGCUCCUGGGCUCGGCGCCAGCCCACAGUGCCACCGUGGGCAGCCUGGGCCAGGCCUUCCCCGCCUCGGUCAUGUCCCUGGGGAACAGGCACCCGAGCCUGGUGGGAGGAGGUCACCCCGAAGAUGGGCUGUCCAGCAACCCCAGCAUGCUGCACAACCACGUCACGCUUCCGUCACAGCCCAGCUCACUCCCUGACCUCAACAGGCAGCAGGACACGUACAGCGGCUUGUCAGGGGGGCUGGGGCGAAGCAGCGUCUCCUCGGGAACCAGCGAAAUAAAGAGGGAAGAGAAGGAGGACGAGGAGAACACGUCAGUGGCAGAUAACUCAGAGGAGGAGAAGAAGGAGCUGAAACCCUCCCGGAACAGAACAAG